CACGUUGCUUCCGGUCAGGCAGCUCAGGGGCAGCCCGAGGUGCGAGGUCCCCGAUACCGCGCCGUGCCAGAUCACGUGACGGUCCAAUAUGGCGGCGCCCAUGGAGCGGGCUUGCUCGUGGCUGCUGCGGGCGGCCACCCCAGCAAGGGGGUACCGCGCUGGGCCGCUGAAGUAUAGCCUAGGCGGUGUGUACCAGCCCGACCCCGACGACCCCAGCACGCCCAAGUGGCAGCUGCAGCCUGCUUACAAGGCCAAGAUGUUCGGGCGCUAUGGCUCCGCCUCGGGCGUGGACCCGGCCCGGCUGUGGCCCAGCCCCGAGCAGCUGCGGGAGAUGGAGGCCGAGGAGCGGGAGUGGUACCCGGGGCUGCGCGAGAUGGAGGCGGCACUAGACGAAAAGGAGCGCGAGGAGAAGAGGCAGCGGGUGCAGAGGGAGAAGCUGAUCAAGGCCAAGAUGGCCAAGAUGCCACAGCUGAUUGCAGAGUGGCAGCAGGAGAAGGCAGCACGCAAGCAGCAGGUGAAGGAGGAGAAGGCACAGCGUGCACGGCUAGUGGCCAAGGCCCAUGAGCACUUUGGCAACAAGGUGAAUCCCAGCAGCCCCCAAUUCCAGGAGCUGGUGCAGGAGCUAGACCGCAAGGAGCGUAAGGAACGCAAGCUCCUGAAGAAGCAGCAGAAAGAGGCAGCGGAGCAGGCAGCAGCUAAAACCCCAGCCCCUGUCUCUGCUGGGGAGGACUUAGCUGCCUAGAGGGGGUGGGGGGCUGGGGAAGAGAGUUGUCAUGGAAAUCAAUUUUGUCCCUGGUUCUUGCUGAGCCUGGAGUGCAGGCAGCUUGAAUCUAGGACUAGCUCUUGCUGGUUCCCAGCAGCCUCUGCCCCACUCUGGAUGGUGGCUCCUCCUCUUACCUAGCACAGGUACUUCAAAGGAUGUGUCUAGACUUAGUGCUAUGUAUGGGGCUUCCUCAUGCUCUGUGGAGAUGGUCAGUGGAGCCCCCCACAAAGGGGUGGUGCUGCCCCCUCUUCCCUAUGAAGCCAGUACUGCUUGGAGCAGAGUGUUAUCCUUGCCCAAACCCCAGUGGCACAGCCCCACCCCCUGCCUCUGUGUUGAAAUAAAAGCCUCCCAGGCCUUA